AUGCCGUGUGACCGACGCUCCUCCGUGCCUGGCGACUUAUCGCGACGCGGCUGGGAGCUGACCGAGGCUGGCGACGCUGACGCCGCUCUCGCCUGCCACCGCGAGGCGACCGGGCUGCCCGGCGCGGGCGGGCGCACCUGGUUCCACCGUGCGCGCAGCGAGCAGCGCUUUGGGCACGACGCGGCGGCGCGCUCGUCGUUCGGCCGCUCGCUCGCCGCCAGCCUCCCUCCUGCUGAGGCCAAGGAGGCGCACUUUCAGCUCGGCAAGCUGCAGCGCGACGCCGGCCUGCUUGCCGAGGCGGAGGCCAGCUACCGCGCCGUGCUGGCGAUCGACCCGCUGCUCGCCGGCGCGCACAUCCUGCUCGGCGUCGUGCUGCGCGAGCUCGGUCGCCUCGAGGAGUCGGUCGAGGCGUACGGAGAGGGCUUGCGGCUCAACCCGUCGGCGCGGCUGCACCACUCGCUCGGCAAGGCGCACUACCUCCGAGGCCGACGGCAGGAGGCGGCGGCGGCGCACGCUGCGGCGCUCGCCCUGGACCCGUCCUUUGCCUAUGCGCACAACGACCUCGGCAACGCGCACCACCACUGUGCCGAGGCCGCUUGUUCACAGCUGCAGGCCCACUCCAACCUCGGCACCGCCCUCAAGGGACUCGGGCGGCACGCCGAGGCCACCGCACACACACGCGCCACCCGCCGCUCCCCCUGCGGAGCAGUCAGGGGGAUGGCAUGCUCUCUGUCUCGGCAGGCCGCCGCGUCGUACUCGGCCGCCAUCCGCCUCAAGCCGCACCUCUGCGAGGCGCACAAGAACCUCGGCGCAGCCCUCACCGAGCUCGGAAGGCCGCGCGACGCCGCGCUGUACGACUUGCUCGACGGGCAGCAGUUCCUCUGCGAUUGGCGCGGCCGCGAGGCGCGGCUGAGAGAGCUGGAGCGGCACCUCGACGAGUGGCACUCGCGCGGCAGGCUCGGGGCCGGGCCGACCGAGCGGCUGCACGCCGGCCUCGCUCCCUUCCACACGCUCGUCUGGCCCGUCUCGGACAAGACGCGUCGCCGAGUCGCGCUCAGCCGAGCCCGCCGCGACGUCGAGGCGGCGGAGGCGGCCCCGCUCGUGCCGCCGCUGCGGUGGGGCGGCGGCGGAGGCGGCGGCGGCCAUGGCGGCGGCGGCGGCGGCGGCAUUUUGCGGCUCGGGUUUCUGUCGUCCGACUUUGGCCCUCACCCUGUGGUCUGCCUCGCGCUCGACUUGCCCGAGAGGCAGCACGCUGGGACCGCCGAGCGGCGCGCGAUCGCCGCGGCGGCGCACGCUUUCUUCGACCUCACCCGCCUCACCGACGCGGAGGCGGCGCGCGCGAUCGACGGCUUGCGGCUGCACGUCCUCGUCAACCUCGUCGGCCACACCGCGGGGGCGCGGCACGCCCUCACGCACUACCGCCCCGCGCCGAUGCACUACGCGCUGCUCGACGCCGCGGCGGCGCCGCCGCCGCUCGCGGCGGCCGAGUUUACCGAGCGGAUGGCCUACUUCCCCUUCUCCCACUUUGUGGCGGCGCACGCGCGCCGCUAUGCGCACGCGCCCCACGCCUCCCGCCUCGCCCACCCGUGGCCGGCCGGCGAGUGGCCGGCCGGCGAGGAGGAGCGCGCCACGUGGUCGCCCGCGCUGCGGCGUGCGUCGCUGUGGCUCUCGCGCGUCUCGGUGCGGCGCGGCUGGGCGGAGCAUGCGGAGCAGAGCCUGCGCGCGCAGGCGGCGGCACACGGCGUGACCGGCCGGCUUGGCUUCGUCCCAAAGCUGCCCGAGGCCGACUUUAUCCCCGCGCGCUCGCUGGCCGAUCUGAUGGUGGACAACCGCUGGUACAACGCGCACACCACCGGCGCCGACUCGCUGUGGGCGGGCGUGCCCGCCGUGGCGCUGCAGGGGCGCGGCCUCGCCAGCCGAGCGUCGGGCUCCUUCCUCGCCGCGCUCGGCCUCGGCUACACCGUGGCUCCGAGCUGGAAGGCGUACGAGGACCUGAUCUGCAGCCUCGCUUCGACCCCUGAGCGGCUGCAGCUGCUCCGGCGGCGGCUGCUCGACGCGCGGAGCGACGCGCCCUUCUUUGACCUCGAGGGACUCGCGCGCGCGCAGGAGCGGCUCGUGCACGGCAUGUGGAGGGCACACGAGGCGUCGCCGGCCUCCGGCCCGAAGAUGCACAUCAUCGCCGCGCGGGCAAGGACGUGA